AUGUCCACCACUUCUGAGAAGGAUAAUAUGGGCAUCGCGGUUGAAGAAGUCAAAAAGCCUGAACCUGAGCUUGGGGGUCAAAAUCACAGUUCUCCCAGUCUGGAAGAUCUCAUCGAGGAGGUCCCUCCUGUGGAGGACUCGCCGAGUCUGAUUGAGACGAUUGGGUAUUUGCUUUCUAUUCAAGAUGGCUAUGGACCGCCGGAUUCGACAUGGGAUGUGGAGGAUUUUGAUUAA